AUGCCAGCCAACAAGAUCACCCUCGAAGAAGCCCAUCGGCGCUUCAAAGAGCCUCUUCCCAAACUAACCGCCAUCAAAUGCUCAGUCAUAGCCUAUGCGAUGCGAGCAUUUAUCGUUGUUGCGAAUUAUGGUCUUUCGCUGAAAGAAAAGAUCGUCACGCCUGCUACCGCGCCGAGUCUUACCAAGACAUACGCGUGUCGACCAAAGUUAUCCCUACGAAUAUUCUUCCCGAAAACCUUUGAUGAGACCACUGAAGAAAAACUCCCUACGCUGUUUACCAUCCAUGGCGGCGGUUUUGUAAUGGGCGAUCCUCGUGAUGACGACCACUUUAACUACACUUUCGCCAACAUGCACUCUGUUCUCGUCGUCGCGCUGGAUUACUCCAAAUCACCACGUGUACACUUCCCAACCCCAAUAUACGACCUCGAAGCGCUCAUUUUAGCCGCUCUCUCCGACCCAUCUCUCCCAAUCGACCAAGACCGCGUUGCAAUCAUGGGCUCCUCAGCUGGUGGAAACCUAGCACUCUCUGUAUCCCUCCUCCCGAGCAUGGGCGGUAGUGGCGAUGGCGUGCGCCGUAUCAAGACCGCUGUGCCGAUGUAUCCAGUCGUCGACAUGUCUGUGAGGCGAGAGUACAAGAUACAAACUCGGCAGUGGAAGCCUUCAUUUGGAGGUUUUCGAGCAAAGAAGACGGAUAUGCUGUUUCCGCUUUCGCCUGUUUUCGAAGCUGCGUACACUCUACCUGGCCAAGAUCACCAUGAUCCAUUGUUGAAUCCUUUUUACGCGGAUAAGGAUCAGCUACCGCCCAAUAUCUUCUUCCUUGCGUGUGAGCUGGACAUGCUGGCAGGAGAGUCAUGGAGAAUGAUUUGUGAACUGACGGGACGGGAGAUUGGAGAUGAGACUGUGGGGAGAGAAGCAAUUGGGCCCAAGGGGGAGUUGAUACUGGAUGAUGAGAGGUAUUCGUUUGAGACGAAGACGAAAGAAGGAAGUUAUAGAUGGUUGUUGAUUCCGGAUCAGAUUCAUGCAUAUGAUAAGUAUGAGAAUCUGGUGAAGCUUCAUGGGGAUAAAGAGUUGUCGAGGGAUGCUGAGUUGAAGUUGAUAGAGGCUCAGAAGGUGAUUGGGAAGUGGUUGUUUGAGGGGCCAUUUGCUUGA